AUGGGAUACGAGAAUUUCAAUCAUCAACCAAAUUUCAAACCAAUCGACCAUCUUUAUGAAGACCGAUUGCGUCAAUUCACAAACACCGGUGGCCAAUACCCAAAUUUAAACUUGCCUAAAUUCUAUGACAUUCAUAGAACAGAGAUUGGCAACUUGCAAACUUGGAAAGUUCCUGACGACAAAGAGGGUAAAACUCAAAGACCAUUGUUUCGCGACAUCAAGUUUGAUGAGGUCAACUGGGAACACAUUGGGUUGGGUUACAAUUUUGGACCCAGUUGGAAAACAUUUUGGGUCAAGUUUCAUUUGGACAUUCCUGAAGAGUGGCUCAAGUACGAAGGGUUGGAAAUUGAGUGGGACUCUAGUUCAGAGGCAUUGAUUUAUGACGCCAACGGUCUCCCAUUGCAGGCUUUUACUGGUGGUGAUCGUAACUUGUUUGAGAUUCCCGACAAGUUUAGAAAAACCGGUAGACAAUUGUUUUACAUUGAAGUCGCUUGUAAUGGAAUGUUUGGUAAUGGUGCUGAUGGGGAACCAGACCCAAACAGAUAUUUCCGUUUGAACAAGGCCCACUUGGUGGUUCCCAAUUUGGAGGCUCGAAGACUCUUUUGGGACUUUUGGAUUUUGGGAGAUGCAGCAAGAGAGUUCCCUGGAGGAUGGCAAAAGUAUCAAGCUGCUGACCUUUGUACCAAGAUUAUGAACACAUUUGACCCAGAAAAUGUCGACUCGAUCAAAGAUUGUCGGAAAUUGGCUACUAAAUUACUUGGUGACAAAAUUGACUCUGAAGAGGUGUUUAACGAGUACCCCAACAAGACCAAACGUGUCGAUGUGUUUGGUGUGGGAAACUGCCACAUUGACACUGCGUGGGAGUGGCCAUUUGCUGAAACAAAGAGGAAAAUUGUUCGUUCUUGGACUACUCAGUUAAAGAUUGCUGACAAAUAUCCUGAAUAUGUAUUUGUUGCUUCACAGAUGCAACAGUUUAAAUGGUUGAAACAAUCUUACCCUGAAAUUGUUGACGACAUCAAGGAGAAAUUCAAAAGAAACCAGUUUAUUCCCCUUGGUGGAUCAUGGGUUGAAAAUGAUACCAACUUACCCAAUGGAGAGUCUUUACUCAGACAGUUUAUCUUGGGACAACGAUUCACUCAAGCUGAAUUUGGAUUCCGUUCCAAUAUCUUUUGGUUGCCAGAUACUUUUGGUUACAGUUCACAAAUUCCCCAAAUUUGCCAAUUAUCCGGUAUUGACCGUUUCUUGACUCAAAAGUUGUCCUGGAACAAUAUCAAUUCAUUCCCACUCACUACAUUCAAUUGGAAGGGAAUCAAUGGCUCUCAGGUUUUGGUGCAUAUGCCUCCAGACAACACCUACACGGCUGCAGCCAAUUUUGGCGAUGUUCUGAGAUCACAACACCAGCACAAGAAUUUGAGAGAUGUCCCCACUGGUUUGUUGCUUUAUGGAUUUGGUGAUGGAGGAGGAGGCCCAACUCCGGAAAUGAUUGAAAAAUUGAGACGUUGCAGAGGGUUGAGUAACGAAGUUGGAUUACUUCCUUCUGUUGCUUUGGAUGUCUCAAUUGAAGACUUUUAUGAUCACUUGUUGGAAAAAUCAAACAAUGGACUGACAUUACCAACAUGGACUGGAGAAAUCUAUCUCGAGUUCCAUCGUGGUACUUACACAGUUCAAGCGCAAGUUAAGAGACUCAUGAGACAAGGAGAGAUAAAAUUGCACGAUUUGGAAUUGGUGGCGGGGUUAGUAAGUCUCAAGAACAAGAAGUACAAUUACCCUGCAAAGGAGAUUAACGACUUGUGGGAGGAUCUUUGCUUGUGUCAAUUCCAUGAUGUAUUGCCUGGUAGUUGUAUUGGAAUGGUGUACUAUGAAGAGGUUUUCCCAAUGUUGACCGCGUUAUUAGAGAAGGCAGACAAGUUACUUUUCAAAGCAUUUGAGGCUUCUGGCAAGCCCAAACAUAACUCAGUUGUCAAUACUUUGCCUUGGGAUAGGCAUAAUGAAAUUGUUGAGCUCAGUGAAGAUGAUGAGUUGUACAAUGCUUUCAAAAGGGAUGGCCAUGUCAAAAACGGCAAGCUUCAAGUGUCCGUUGACCAUGUUGGAGGGGAAACUAAAGUUAACAAAAAGGUCAAGCAUCCAGCUAGUGUCAAGUCGGAUGAUGAUGGAUACGUAUUGUCCAAUGGCUUGUUGAUUGCCAAGAUUUCAUACAAUGGUGUCAUCACUUCGCUUUAUGACACAGUUGCCGAAAGGGAGAUUAUUGACACCACUGCAACCACGCAAACAAAGCAAGGCAACAAGGUUGUAGGAGGUAAUCAGUACUUGCUUUUUGACGAUGAGCCCCUCAAUUUCCCAGCUUGGGAUACCGAGUUGUACUCAUUGGAAAAGUUUAAAUUAUUGGAUUCCGCCAAGAGCAAGAUUUUGUCAGAUGACGCAUUGGAGUCAUCGAUUGUUGUCACUCACGACAUCUCACCAAACUCAUCGAUUGAAACUGUCAUUUCAUUAGCAGGUAUCAAUGAUGAGAGCAGUGUCAACAACUAUAUCAAAUUUUCAUCAACUGUUCAAUGGCACGAAACGUACAAGUUUUUAAAAGUCCAAUUCCCAACUACAAUCAACACCUCUUUGGAUGCAAGUUAUGAAACCCAGUUUGGAAUCACUAAAAGACCAACCCAUUACAACACGUCAUGGGAUGUGGCCAAAUUCGAAGUAUGUCACCAUAAAUUCAUGGACUUGAGUGAGUACAAUUAUGGUGUAUCCAUUUUGAACAAUAGCAAAUACGGUGGCUCGAUCCAUGGAAACUUGGUUAGAUUGUCAUUGCUCAGAUCGGCUAAAGCUCCCGAUAACAAGGCCGAUAUGGGUGAGCAUAAGUUUGAGUAUGCAAUUUACCCACACAGCGGACCAUUGGGCGUCAACACUGUCAAGGCGGGCUACAAUUUCAACUACAAGUUGAUCCCAAAGACUAUGGACACAUCGUACUUGCAUGCCAUUAGAUUGAAGACUGAUGAAAAGUCAUCGUUGAUCUUGUCUCACGUAAAACGUGGUGAGGAUGACGUUGACGUUAGUCAGUAUAGCGAGUUGUCCAAGAACGAAAAGUCGAUUGUUGUCAGAAUCUACGAGUCGUUGGGAGGUGUUGGCAAAGGAGAGUUGGUUAUUGAUGAAAAACAUUUUAAAGUUGAUAAAGUCAUCAAGACCAAUGGGUUAGAGAAUGAGACGUUUGAAGAGUUGGAAGUGAAGAAGGGGGGAGCUGUUGGAAUCAAGUUGAAUGGGUUUGAGAUUGGUACGUUUAAAAUUUUGUUAAAGUAG